CGUGAUGGUUCUUCUCAUCAAGGCACCGUUACAUCAAUGGAACCCAAUGAGGGUCUUUUUGUCCUCAAUUCCGAGACCUCCAAGAAAGGCAAGAUUAAGGUUGUUCACCUUGUUGAUGUUCCUGGCCACUCACGUUUGCGCCCUAAAUUGGACGAAUAUGUCCCUCGAGCAGCUGGCUUAGUAUUUGUUCUAGAUGCAGUGGACUUCUUGCCCAAUUGUCGUGCUGUUUCAGAGUAUCUCUAUGACAUUUUAACAAAAUCGAGUGUUGUCAAGAGGAAAAUUCCACUUCUUAUCCUUUGCAACAAGGUGGAUAAAGUCACUGCACAUACAAAAGAGUUCAUUCGAAAACAACUGGAGAAAGAAAUUGAUAAGCUUCGGACAUCAAGAAAAGCUGUAUCAGAUGCGGAUAUAUCUAAUGAAUUCACACUCGGAAUCCCAGGGGAACCCUUUUGAUUCUCUCACUGUGUAAACAAAGUCACUGUUGCUGAGGCUUCUGCAUUAACUGGUGAGAUUCAACCCUUGGAGCUCUUCAUUAGGGAACGUGUCAAGCCUUGAUCUUUCACUCAAUUCCAUUCCAUUUGUCAAAACGGAAUUAG